AUGACUAAAAAUCAAGAAAAAUUCUCUCCUACCCAUCCUGGAAAAAUAAUUGAAAGGCGUUUCUUUAAAACUCGCAACUUAACAGCGGAAAAAGUGGCAAAGGACACUUGUUUGCCUCUUUAUCAAUUACAAGAACUAAUUGAGGGCAAAAGAAACAUUGAUACUGAUAUCGCUUACCGUUUGGGUCUAUACUUCAAAGUAGGAGCAGAAGGCUUUUUAAACUUACAACAGAUUUACGAUUUAGAGAUUUGGAAAGAUAGACAAGAAGCGAAAUUAGAAAUAUUGCGCCUCGACAGCAAUAAUUUCCAAACUGCUGACUUGGAAUUCUUAAAGCCAUUUAUUAAUCUAAAGGAGUUGCGUAUUGGUAAUAAAAAUAAAGAGAAAAUUGAUCAAGGUAUUUAUAAUCACUUUUCAGGAAGUUUAGAACCUCUAAGUUCUCUUAACAAGUUAAAAUUUCUUGACAUUGAAGCUACAGACAUAGAUAGGGGAUUAAAAUAUUUGUCUAAGGAAAUUGAAGAGCUGCAUUGUUCACUAGGUUAUAGAAAAAAUUGCAAGGUCAAGAAUAUUAACGAUUUUUUAGGAGCUGGAGGGAAUGAUCUAAUAAACAAAAACAAGAUCAAGUCGCUGAUUAGUGCCAUUAAAAAAGUAGAAGAAAAUGUCGCAAUGUCUUCUCGAAAUCAAUACAGAAUCCAUAAUAAAGUAAUAGAUGACUUGUGUAAAGAGAUAGAAAGUCUAGGAGGAGUACUAACAGAAAAAAGCGAGAAAAUCUCUCAUCAAAAUAUGGAACUAAAAAAUAAUCGAGAAACUAUCCAAAGACUUGAGACAAAGCAAGGAAUUAUGGAAUUUUCUCAAUUACGUUUACAACCUUCGACGGAAGAAGUAGAGGCCCGUUCAAGUACUCUUCGGUCAAUUACUCUGGAAAAACUUCUUCAAGAAAAAACAGAACAAAAAAAACUGGUUGAGAAAUGA